GGCAACUUUUGUCCAUGUUAUUUGUAUGUACAUCUCGACCCGACGACUGCCGUCCACUGAAACUGAAGCUUUCUUCUCUGUAGAACGAAGACAAGAUCAUGGCGUCACCUACUUCGCUUAUUCUAUUCCCUCCGUCUCGUUAUUUUAGCUAGAAUUAUGUCACGCUUAACUGUUGUAGAAGCCUCAGAUUAUCGUCUUCUUCUCCUCCUAUGGCAUAUAUAGCAAAUUGUUCUAACUGCAAUGUAUUGAGCAAGACCGUUAAACCGAGAGCUUCAAGCUUUGCUCUAACACUCUCCUCCAGCUUCCUCAGAUCGAGUGUGGAUUCGAAUCAUCAUACUUCGCGCCUUCGGUUCCCUGAAAUCCGAUUCCCUCGAGCUGCUGCCAAGGUGGUGGCUAAGGAAGGUGUUGCUGAAAUGGCUGUGACAGAGUUGGAGAGGGAGAAUCGUGGAGUGUUGAGAGUAGGGCUCAUCUGUGGAGGUCCUUCUGCGGAGCGUGGAAUUUCUCUCAACUCCGCCCGAUCAGUUCUCGAUCACAUACAGGGAGAUGAUUUGCUGGUGAGCUGUUACUACAUUGAUCCGGAGUUGAAUGCGUACGCAAUAUCUUCCGCUCAGGUCUAUUCAAACACUCCAGCUGAUUUUGAUUUUAAACUUAAAAGCCUUGCCCACGGUUUCCAGUCUUUGACCGACUUUGCUGAGCACCUUUCUGCAUCUGUGGACAUAGUAUUCCCUGUUAUACAUGGUCGGUUUGGUGAAGAUGGUGGGAUCCAGGAACUACUUGAAAGGCAUAACAUUCCAUUUGUUGGAACAGGUUCAACGGAGUGUUCACAUGCCUUUGACAAGUACAAUGCCUCCUUGGAGCUCGAUAAACUUGGAUUCAUUAAAGUGCCUAAUUUUCUAAUACAGGCUGGUAGUGUAAGUGAAUCUGAGCUAUCAAAGUGGUUUUUGAGAAAUCAGAUAGAUCCUAGCUUCGGGAAAGUUGUGGUAAAACCAGUAAGAGCAGGAUCAAGCAUUGGAGUAACAGUUGCAUAUGGAGUGGCUGAUUCACUUAAGAAGGCCGAAGAAAUUAUUUCACAGGAAAUUGAUGAUAAAGUCCUGGUGGAAGUGUUUCUUGAAGGAGGCAGUGAGUUUACUGCAAUCGUCCUUGAUGUGGGAUCCGGUUCUGUUUGUCAUCCUGUAGUACUACUACCAACUGAAGUUGAGCUCCAAUUCCAUGGUUGGGCUGAUGCGGGAGAGAAGGAUGCAAUUUUCAAUUAUCGGAGGAAAUAUCUUCCCACCCAGCAGGUCACAUAUCAUACUCCUCCUCGUUUUGCUGUUGAUGUGAUAGAAAGUAUCCGCAAAGGAGCAUCUUUACUCUUCAAAGGACUUGGUCUCCGUGAUUUUGCUCGGAUUGAUGGGUGGUUUUUGCCUAAUUCCUCUCGUGAAUCUUCAUGCUCCGUGGGAAAGUUUGGAAGGACAGAAUCUGGCACAAUAGUUUAUACGGAUAUAAAUUUGAUUAGUGGGAUGGAACAAACCAGUUUUUUGUUUCAGCAAGCAUCAAAGGUUGGUUUUUCUCACUCAAAUAUUCUUCGGAGCAUUAUUUACCAUGCUUGCUUGCGAUAUCCGGAUCUAGGAUCAUUGGACUGUAUGUCUGGAAAUUUGCUGAGAAGAUCAAAUUCCGCUCAACGUAGUCAAGCAUAUUCUAGCCAUGAGAGCAUCCGUAAAGUUUUUGUUAUAUUUGGAGGAGACACAUCAGAACGUCAAGUAUCUCUCAUGAGUGGAACAAAUGUAUGGCUGAAUCUGCAAGUAUUUGAUGAGCUUGAAGUAACUCCAUGUUUACUUGCCCCAUCUAACGAGCAAACAUCUAGUCUGGAUUUGGACAAAAAUCAAGUUGAUGAGACCUCCAGAACAGUUUGGUCCUUGCCUUACUCUCUUGUGCUAAGACACACAACAGAAGAAGUUCUUGCUGCAUGCAUUGAGGCAAUGGAACCAACUCGUGCAGCAUUGACAUCUCGUCUGCGUGAGCUAGUGAUGACUGAUCUUAAAGAAGGUCUAAAGAAUCAUCGUUGGUUUGCAGGAUUUGAUAUCAAAGAUGAAUUACCUGUGAGAUAUUCUUUGGAGCAGUGGAUCAAGCAAGCUAAGGAAGCUGAUGCAACAGUUUUUAUAGCAGUGCAUGGAGGCAUUGGUGAAGACGGCACACUUCAAUCAUUGUUAGAGGCGAAAGGAGUUCCCUAUACAGGUCCCGGAGCGGCUGCCUCUAACAUAUGCAUGGACAAAGUAGCAACUUCAUUGGCCCUAAACCAUCUUUCAGACAUGGGGGUACUUACCAUUAAAAAGGAUGUGAGGAGGAAAGAUGAUCUCUUGCAAAUCCCCAUAUUAAAUGUAUGGCAUGACUUAACCCGCAAGCUUCACUGUCAGUCGUUAUGUGUUAAACCAGCUAGAGAUGGUUGCUCAACUGGGGUUGCGAGACUAUGCUGCGCUGAUGACCUUGCAGUGUACGUGAAAGCAUUGGAGGACUGCCUCGUCAGAAUUCCUUCUAAUAGUUUGUCUAAGGCACACGGUAUGAUUGAAAUGCCAAAACCACCUCCAGAGCUCUUGAUUUUUGAACCUUUUAUCGAGACCGACGAGAUAAUUGUUUCAUCCAAAUCUACCAAUGAGACUAAAGAACAACUUUUGUGGGAAGGACAGAGUAGAUGGGUGGAAAUAACUGUAGGUGUUGUUGGAACACGUGGAUCAAUGCACUCAUUGAGUCCCAGUGUCACUGUCAAGGAAAGUGGGGAUAUUUUAUCUCUUGAGGAGAAAUUCCAAGGCACUUGCGGAGACACCACCUGUAUACCCCCACCAGUUCUUUCGCAGAUUGCUUAAUUUGGCAUCGGAGAGGUCUCCAUAAAGUAUGGUCAUUUACUUACUGUUAUAUUUACGUGCUCUGACUCAAUAAACUCCUUUCUAGUGCAUGAUUUCGUCCUUUAUUCCCUCUCUUUAUACCACACCUUUGAAAAGAAAACAAAAAGAGGACAUGCCAGAGACUGACCACUCCCAGUUUCUAAAAUUGUAAUAACGGGCAAGGCCAUUCUGUUGGAAUUCUAGAAGGGAAGGAAUAUGGAUACUAACCAAUCUUCCAUCAGUUCUUCAUGCUCAUUAGUUGUUUGUAAUAGAGGAUUCUCAAAAUCAGAUUGGGAGACACUCGUAUUCUGAGUCUCAUAUCUUUGCCUGUUUGAGCUUUUUGUUGUUCUUCCGUCUCGUAUCGUCUGUUGUUGGAUCGAGACAUGAAUUGCUUGCUAGUUGCCAUAAGGAGGAUUCCCCAAUGAUAUUGCUUGUAUUUAUUGUC